CCCACACAGCCCGGACGUGCGGCCGGUCCGAGCGCUACCCCCUAAUGGCUUCCCGGGAGCGGGGGCCCCUCCGCCCGUCCUCAGCGGAGCGCGUCCUCCAGCGAAGGUGACCGGAGGAAGGCGCCCCUCCCGCUCCCGGGAACGCCCGCGCCUGGAACGCCACUGCGAUGGACUAGCAGUCUCGGCCUGAAGGAUUAAAUCAUAUUGCUAUUUGAGAGCCAAUUGGUCCAAAUGGAAUCAAGGGCUAACACAUCCUGGAGUGUGCAGUGAGGAUGUAGCAAAUCUCUGUUUGACUUAAUGCUUCCGGCCUGAGAUCCAGGAUGGUUUGUUCUUGGGACCAGACAUGACCAAAAGUUGACGCCAUGACCGCGUCAACCUCUCCAGCUGCCAUGCUUCUCCGGAGGCUUCGGCGACUCUCCUGGGGCAGCACAGCUGUGCAGCUCUUCAUUCUAACUGUGGUGACAUUUGGCUUACUGGCCCCGCUGGCCUGCCACCGGCUCCUCCACUCAUACUUCUAUCUGCGCCAUUGGCAUCUAAACCAGAUGAGCCAGGACUUCCUGCAGCAGAGCCUGAAGGAGGGGGAAGCUGCCCUUCACUACUUUGAAGAGCUGCCCUCUGCCAAUGGCUCUGUGCCCAUCGUCUGGCAGGCCACUCCCCGCCCCUGGCUGGUGAUCACCAUAAUCACCGUGGAUAGGCAGCCUGGCUUUCAUUACGUCUUACAGGUAGUGUCCCAGUUCCAUCGACUUCUGCAGCAGUGUGGCCCCCAGUGUGAAGGGCACCAGCUCUUCCUGUGCAAUGUGGAACGGAGUGUGAGCCAUUUUGAUGCUAAGCUGCUCUCUAAGUAUGUCCCUGUGGCUAACCGCUACGAGGGCACCGAAGAUGAUUACGGUGAUGACCCUUCAACUAACUCAUUUGAGAAAGAGAAGCAAGACUAUGUGUAUUGCCUGGAGUCAUCGCUGCAGACCUACAAUCCAGACUAUGUCCUGAUGGUGGAGGAUGAUGCUAUUCCAGAAGAACAGAUCUUCCCAGUAUUGGAGCACCUCCUGCGUGCUCGCUUCUCUGAGCCACACCUCCAAGAUGCCCUGUAUCUAAAGCUCUAUCACCCAGAGAGGCUACAGCACUACAUCAACCCAGAGCCUAUGCGGAUCCUGGAGUGGGUUGGUGUGGGCAUGCUGCUGGGGCCUGUGCUAACCUGGAUCUACAUGAGGUUUGCCUGCCGCCCAGGCUUCAGCUGGCCUGUCAUGCUUUUCUUCUGUCUGUACAGCAUGGGGCUGGUGGAACUGGUGGGCCGACACUAUUUCCUGGAACUGCGGCGCCUGAGUCCCUCCUUGUACAGUGUGGUUCCUGCCUCUCAGUGUUGCACCCCAGCUAUGCUCUUCCCUGCCCCAGCUGCCCGCAGGACCCUCACCUACCUGUCCCAGGUGUACUGCCACAAGGGCUUUGGCAAAGACAUGGCACUGUACUCUCUGCUGAGAGCCAAGGGGGAGAGGGCCUAUGUGGUGGAGCCCAACCUUGUGAAACACAUUGGGCUCUUCUCCAGCCUACGGUACAAUUUUCAUCCCAGCCUACUCUAGGAGUGCCAAGAAAUUUCUGCCAUUAGCUAUUUUUCUGGGAGAGGCACACACUGGACUCUUUAUUUAGAUGUGGUUGCUUGCAGAUAUUUCAUUGUUCAAUGUUGCUGGGUGUAAAGGCACUGGGACAGGGGAGGAAUGCAUCCAAGUGAAAAGCCCUGACUGGGAAACCUCCAGCAGAAGCAGCAGUUUGCCACAAGUCUCUGUCCCUCUGCGCAGCCACACUGCCUCAUGCAGCCUGCCUCUCUCAGCGAGGAUGAAUGUCAGUGGUAGUCAGUGUCUGCAAGUUCUGGCUUGUGACAGAACCCAUGACUGCCAAAAAUCUUCUGCUCUGUGGUGCAAGACUUGAGUGAGGAUUUUAAGGGUAGAGUCUGGUGAACAGUCAGACGCUUUUGAACAAAUUCCUUCCCCACGGUUCAAGAAUGGAUGUGUGCUGAGAAUAUAUGCCCAAAGAAGGCAGGACCAUGUUGCCAUAUUCUAUUUGUUUUCCUUGGCCUGGUGUAAUAAAAGUGUCAAAGUUGUUCUGUGUCAGUUGUCUUGGGGGCAGUGACCUGACUCUUCUGUGACACAGUGACUUCUUUUCCCAGUACCUGUUGUGUGCUCAGAGUGAAUCCUAUGGAUGAAGGCUUUAAGCACAGCAGAUUCUACAUGCACUUUCUGAGAAACCCAAGUCUAGUUGCUUCUGUUAAAUACACUAAUAAUGCUGAACAUUUCUGUGAUAGUGUGAUUCCUUGGCAGGUGGAUAUUUCAGAAGGAGACAGAAGAAUGACCUCCACACUAGGAGCAUAGCCUUCUCCCUACAUUUGUUACCUAAAGUUUCACCCUCGUUUCAUUUUUUACUGGUGACAUUGUAGCAUAAAAGACCAAGUAUGGCCUGUGAAGUGAAAACCUCCUGACUUGUAUAUUCAUGGCUUCAGGGAUACAUGCGU